AUGGAUCGAAAUGCUGAUCAGCCAAGACAGGAGGGACCCAGUGUUCGUCUGGAAAAGCUACAGCACUGGGCAAGACACAGGCAAAGCGGAAGCCUACUGGUGCUGGCGGUGAGCCAGCUAUGGCUGGCAAUAGCCAUGGUACCCUUCGCUGUCUCCACUGCCUGCUUCAUCCCUGCUUGUCACAUGGCCACAACACUGCCACUUUGGCCCGGAGCUUCGGGUCUCCUCACUGGGGUUAUCACCCUUGAGCUCCGGAGAGCACCUCGCAUCUGGAAGGUACGGGCCAUGAUGUUAUCCAACACCUUCAACCUGCUUUUGGGAUUCAUCUCGGUGGUGACAGAGGUGACGAAGACAGCCUUGGGGCAUGCCUCUUCUGACCCCUCCCAGUUGACAGGGUUGCUGGUGCUAGAACUCAGUGCCGAGGCCUUCACCCUUGGGGGAGUGCUGGCCUCAACGUACGCCCUGUUCUUGCUGAGCCAGAGGAAGCCAGGAUGCUUCAAGACGUCAAGUCUGCACUACCAGGAGCUACAGGAGGGCCUCUCUGAGGUGGAGGAGGUUUCUGGUUUGGAGGACGGUCCCACGGUGGCUAGCACAGGAAAUAGAACAGAUGAGUGAGUGGGCAAGACAGGUGCCACUGUACGCCUACGCCAAGGGGGCUUUCGCCAGCCACUUCUGCAUCGUGCCCCUCCCUCGGACUGUAACUGGACUCCCCUAAGAUGUGCAUGAAGCCCGGAGGAGUGCCCUCAGUUUCCCCUCAAGCCAGGCCCGUUUCUCUUCUCUUCCCCACUGGAGGAAGAGAGUAUCUGACGAGUGACCUCCCUCACCUCACUCCUUCCAAGCUGCUUCUUCCCUUGCAUUCUUCGCCUUCUUGCUCCCUGCCUCUCCAUCCCAGCUUUAAAUCUGCCUCGUCUCACUGUUUUCGUCUAUUCACCUUUC